GCAUAAGGGAUGUAACAGAAAUAGUUCGAUUUCUCAACCACCUCCAUAUAUAGUCUUUCGAUUUUUAACGUCUAUAGAAUAAUUUUAUGAUUCUUAACCUCACUUUGUGUGACCACAUUUAUUCAGUUUCAUCAACAAACUAUUCUUAAUUGGAUUCCUAUGAAAAAGAAUGACAAGAAACUGGCUGUUUUGAAACAGAAAAAAGAGAAUGAACUGUUAGCCAUGGAAACAAAGGAGAUUGAAGAGAGACUGAAGCUUCUUAAAUCAACUCUUUAUUCAGAACUAACCAAGACAAAUAAACUCAAUUCUUCUGUACCGAUUUGGGAAGGUAGUUGUCCAACUUCUUCAACCGAAAAACAUAAAAGAGAUGCACUAGUUGACAUUAGUGGACUUAAAUUCAAACCUUUGAAGCACAGUCCAACUUCUGAAAUCAAAAGCCCAGAUAGAUAUGGUAGUUUCAUCCGAAAAAUAAGUGAAGGCAUGAAACUUACUUCCGUAAAUCCUGUCAAUGCUAAUCAGUCAAUGUGUGGACAAUGUGAAGACAAAAACGCUGUUGUCUUGUGUCAGGAAUGCAGUGAAUACUACUGCGCUAAAUGUUUUGCAAUGUUUCAUUUGAAAGGAGCACUUAGACGUCACCAUUCGUUGCCUGUUUCGACUUGUAGCUCGAGGUCUGAGUUACGUCCUUGUAAAGAAACUGAUGGUAUUAACAAAACACAAGGAUUCAAAGAGUUGAUUACUAAAGGAUGUCAAAGUUCUCUUAGUAUUGAGACCAAAUCAAAUUCAGCUUUACAAACUCAAGCAAUAAAUGAUCCUGACCAAUAUAAUCCCUCUACUAAAACACCACUAACAACAAAACAAUCUUCAGCCGCAGUCAGUCAUAUAACCUCAACACUAUGUAAAACAUCUGCUCCAGUUGAAAUAUAUUUCACGCCAAGUAUAACUUACGCAGAAAAAUUAUUGCUUCGUUUGCAUCGGAAUUCUAAGCUUCAGCAAUCAAUAAGACAAGACAGCGUAAAUAGUCAAAAAGUAUCUGAAGGGACUUUUUUGCCAAAUUUAAGUAUUGAACAAGAGAAAAAACAGGAAGAAGUUAUGGAGAAUUCCACAUUAAAUAGGAAUUCAUUUGAUGAAUUACAUAAAUUGGCUACAACGCGAAUGCGAUUGAGCAAUAAUAAUCCACAUGUUUUCUCGCAUUCUAAAUUAGACUCAGAAAAGCCUAUUAUUCAAACUGAUAAAAUGAUGUAUCCAAUUACUCAUGAAUCGAAUGAAAAUUACUCAAGUAUACCCUUUUUUGAUGAAUCAUUGUGUAGUUUGACUAAACAAAAAGAAAAUACUGACCAAAUUCACAAUGGACAAUGUUCACAGAUUAUUGAUGAAGAUGAUCUUAUCAAAGAAAUUCAUGAGCAUAAUAAAAUUAUAGGUUCACUAAAUAAUAAACAAAAUAUAUGGCGCCCAGUGCAGUCAUUAAUUAAUCCUGAUUCUAAUAUAAUACAUCAAAUCAAUAAAACAAUUAUACGAAACUUGAAUUUGGUUUUAGAUGAACAAUCGCUGAACAACAUCAACCUACGAGACAGCUUUUUGGACGAUUCAAGAAUGAAGUAAAAUAAUUCGCAAACAUCAGCAUAAUUCAAAGUCAGUGGUAUAUUGUAAACUAAAUAGACAACUUUUAUUUUCUUCCUAUGUAAAAGAAAGCAGUUUAUUCGGGUUUCAUCAAUAAAUUGUUUUUUAUUUAUUCUACUUGAUUUCUUAUUUUUGAC